AUGACCUAUCUUACCUGUGACUACUACAGUGAGGCAUCAAGCAUUGCUGAUGGAGGAAUCGAUACCCCAUUCACUUCGGACUUUGAGGAAGUGGACGUGAACGACCUAUUAUCUUUGAACGAUUCGGAAACUGAAGAUUCAACAGAGGCUUCUGCUUUAUAUAGUCGGCCAAGGACGCCCUUAAAUGAUGGUCUAUCAGCGACACAACGAGAGUGGGAAGGCCUGUGUACUAAAUACCAUCAAGGGAUCCAACAUCUUCGAGACAUCGAGGAUCAGAUGUUCCGCUACCAGUCGCUUCAUCCAUGUCUCUGCAUCAAUUACCAGAACCCUAUGUUAUGCAUACAGCGCCACCAGCGAACAAAGGAUCGAAACACCAAUAUUCAGCAGACUGUCGAUUCUCUUGGUGCUAGUCUUGAGAACAAUAUCUCCUCCGAUCUCUCUCCCGAGAGUCAUCACCUCAAAGUUAAACUAAACAAUGCUGUAGAGGUAUCCGUUGUUACGCUUGAUACCCUGACUGGAAAGAAGACAAUGAUAAGCUUGACUACCAGGUCAACAAUGAAACAUGUUGAGCAGUUGCUUGGGUUUUGGGAAUACGAUUUACCGAUGGAUUUGUAG